GUAGUGGGCAAGGUUUGUUCAAUUCAAAUUUGGCUUCAGAUUUCUUUCGAGAUAAACUCAAGUUCGGCCUCAUGGGAAGUUGCUAGAUUUCACACAGCGGUGGUGCUAGUCGCCUGGUUGCAGCCUAGCCACCGACCUCCCGAAGCGGCUUUGCUAACUUUCCGUACUUUCCGUUCCGGAGGAUUUUGUUCGGACGUUGACGCCGUUUGAAUGUCCAGCAGCACGGAAGCACGGUCACCAUGUCUGGGUUAGCGCCUCAGGUCAACAGUUUGCAGGGUCUGGUGGAGGGAGACAUUCUGGACCCAGAGUUCCAGCAGCGUUUAGAAGAUGCUCGCACCAACUUGAGGCAGGAAAUCCAGAGGGAGCUGAAGAUAAAGGAGGCUGCGGAGAGGCUUCGGAGGGCAGUGACCAAUCGUAAGAGUGCGGCAGAUGUCGAAGGCCAACUCAAAGCUUCCAGCCGUAAACUGGAGAAGUUGCACUGGGAGCUGCAGGAGCUGAAUGCAAGAUCAAUGACUUCAGAGAAGGACUGUCACACAGACGGUGUUCGGGAGGAAGGGACUCAGUCGCUAGAGUCGUGUCAAUGGGAAGACGUCACCUCCCCACUGGCCACGCGGGUCAGAACCCUGAAGAAGCAGCUCACCAUGGAGACCAAAGUCAAGCAGGGAGCUGAGAACAUUAUCCAGACGUACAACAACAGCUCAGUGAAGGACAGGAAGAUGCUGUCGACGGCCCAGCAGAUGCUGCAGGACAGUCGCACCAAAAUCGAGCUGCUCCGCAUGCAGAUCAUCAAAGUCAGUCAGGCGAGAAGUGGCGAGCGAGACGGUUUAUGUGGUCAUCCCAUGGAGAUGAUCAAUCUUCUAGAGCUGCGAAUUGCUGAGCUGAUGCACCACAUGAAAAUUGAAAUAGCUGUGGCAGAAGGUGCCAAAAAUGUGGUGAAACAGCUGGUGGAACGGAAGAUUCAGGACCGGCGCAUACUUGCAGAGGCUCAAGCUAGAAUGCAAGAAUCAACACAGAAAGUGGAGCUGUUGCGCUUUUCUCUGGAAACUCGCCUCAACGAGCUGCCGAGCGACCAUCCCAAGUAUGCUGCCAUCAAAGAAGAGCUUGUACAGGCGACGUCGCCUUCCCACAGCGCAGCGCUGAAGAAGCAGCCCAGCACUCUGUCCUCUUCCUCCUUUUUCAAACCAGCCAGUCUAACAGGAAGGUUGGAAGUGUGUCUGAUGGGCUGCCAGGACCUGUUGAGCUCUGUCCCCGGACGUGGUCCUGCUAGCAUCAUCUCAGCUGGAGGAAACGUUGAGGGAAGAUCUCUGAAAGUGAGAGCCGGACUGUCGGGCCGUGCCAACGGGAAAUCGGCCAAAACAGAAGAUCUUUCAUCGGAAAUCAGUGCAGUGCUGAAGGUGGACAACAUGAUCGUGGGCCACACACACUGGAGACAGCUGGGCAAAGAGGCCUGGGGCCAGAGCUUCAGCAUCGAACUUGAACGGUCCCGGGAGCUGGAAAUCUCUGUGUACUGGAGAGACUGGCGAGCUCUCGGAGGGGUGAAGUUCCUGCGACUUGAGGACUUUUUGGACAACCAGCGCCACGGCAUGUGUCUGCCACUGGAGCCGCAGGGCAUUCUCUUCAUUGAGGUCAAGUUUAUAAAUCCAGUUAUCGAACGUCCUGCAAAACUCCAGCGGCAACGAAGAAUCUUUCCCAAAGAAAAAGGGAAGAACUUCCUGCGUGCCGCUCAGAUGAACAUGAACUUCGCCACAUGGGGACGUCUGAUGAUGAGCAUCUUGCCCCCGUGCAGCUCCCUGGAGCCCAUGAGUCCUCCAAUAACCAGUCCAAAUGCUGCCCCUCCGCCAGGCGCCACGUCUCCUCCACAUGAGAGCGUUCAUUCAAAUGAAGCUCCGGACAGAUCUCCUCGCAGCACACGGAAGACCAGAGAUGCUCACCAGAGUCCUGGUAAAAGUCCGAAACCCAAACAACGAUCCUUCAUCCAUUCUCCAUCCAAGACUGACAGGGGGCUCCACCUGGACGACUUUAACUGCAUCUCUGUUUUAGGAAGAGGCCACUUUGGAAAGGUUCUUCUGGCCGAAUACAAGAAGUCUGGAAAACUGUACGCAAUCAAAGCCUUGAAGAAAGGAGACAUUGUAACUCGGGAUGAAGUGGACAGCCUCAUGUGUGAAAAGAGGAUAUUUGAGGUCAUCAAUGCCUCCCAACAUCCUUUCCUGGUGAACCUGCACGGCUGCUUCCAGACUCCGGAUCACGUUUGCUUCGUCAUGGCGUAUUCCCCCGGAGGAGACCUGAUGACCCACAUCCACACCAGCAUCUUCACUGAGAAACAAACCCAGUUUUACUCGUCCUGCGUGUUGCUCGGCCUAGAGUUUCUUCACCAAAACAAAAUAGUUUACCGAGAUCUGAAGUUGGACAAUCUGCUGAUGGACGCUGAUGGUUUUGUGAGAAUAGCAGAUUUUGGUUUAUGCAAAGAAGGAAUGGGGCACGGUGAUCGCACCUCCACGUUCUGCGGGACCCCGGAAUUUCUGGCCCCUGAAGUUCUGACGGACAACAACUACACUCGCAGCGUGGACUGGUGGGGGCUCGGGGUCCUUAUCUAUGAGAUGCUGGUGGGAGAGUCGCCGUUUCCCGGUGAUGAUGAGGAGGAAGUUUUUGACAGCAUCGUCAACGACGACGUCCGAUUCCCUCGCUCCCUUUCUCCUGAUUCCAUCUCCAUCAUUCAGAAGCUGCUGCAGAAAGAUCCAGAGUUGAGACUCGGAGCUGGAGAAGAAGAUGCCCAGCAGAUCAAAAGACAAAGAUUCUUCCAGGGUGUGGACUGGGACGCUCUACUGUCAAAGAAGGUGAAGCCGCCAUUCCUGCCGGUCAUCAGGGCGCAGAAGGACGUCAGCAACUUUGACGAGGAGUUCACCCGCCUCAAGCCGGUCCUUACUCUUCCACGCACGCCGCAUGUCCUCACUGAAGACCAGCAGGGGAUCUUUGCGGAUUUUGACUUCUCGUACUUGAGCUGACUGUCCGCACACACACCAGGGACGUUUACUGUUUACACUUGAACCAUGUCGGCAGUGCAACCUUUGUCCUUUUAUUGAAUGAAACUCCUCAGCACUGCCUUCAUUCAACACUGUACAUAUUUAUGAUCUUAAUGGAACUUUGCUCUGCAUCAAUAGUUAAAAUGUUAUACGUCAUGUCAUGAAUAUCACUUAAGUCAAGGUCACCCUGAGUUCUAUUUAAAGCAAAGCAGUGUGUAUGGAAAUGCAAAUAAAUUUAUGUCAAAAGAGAUGAACCAA